AUGUCUACCUCCAACUCCAACGGUCUGUUUCAUGCAAGAUACACGUCGAGUCCCGAAGAUCCCAUGUCUCAGGAAUCCUCUCGUGCCUUUGAUAUAGAUUCGGAGAGGUCUCUCAUCGGUAUUCCCCCAGCAGAUCCUGACGAGCACGACAGAGGUCUUAACUUCUUCUACGACCCAUGGACCAGACAGCCUUCUCAGACUUCAGCCAGCGAGGGAUCCGAGGUGGAGUACGCAAUUCCAGAAGAAUCGUUCGAGGCAUCGACUUCAGAUCAUAGUACGAGCUUGCCGCAGGUUAUGACGCCGCAGUCGAACCUGGAUGUUCCGAGGAUGGAUGACCCACAAUCAAGGCUCAACGGAUCCAGCCUUUCUUCAGCCAGUAGACUUGAUGUCCCAUACACACCUUCGGCGUCUCGACCUGCAUCUGUCGGUAGUCACGGAGUCCAAUCUUCUUCAAUCCUGCUUCAGGCGCACUCUCGAUCUUGGACGUCAGAUGGUCGAACGCCACCACCCUUGUCUCCCGCUGCUGAAAUUACGAGCUCUGAUCUCAUCGAUCCUUUGGUGGGAAUCAACGAUCCUCGAAAUACAAUUAUCCUCAAUCAAGAUGACAUCGACUUCCUUCAACCUCUAAUAGCCCAGGAAGGGCAUGGUCAGCCACAUAACUCGGAUGACGGUGUGAGUGCUUUGCACGACCGUGGUCAAAAUCGCAGACACGAUUCUCCAUAUUCGAGGAAGCUGGCCGAAAAGACGAAGACGAAGAAGAAGGAGUCACGCAACUCAAAGUCUGAUCCCUCAGCUCUUGUCACAAGACAUAGGAAUGAUCCGAGAACCCAAGUUGUGAAGAAGGAGCGGCGAGCUCUUACUGAAGAUGAACGGGAGAGGGCCCGCCGGCUCAGGGAGAUAGGAGUUUGCCUACGCUGCCUGUGGAAUCACGAACCCUGUGGACUAGGUGAUGUCUGUCCUAGAUGUAGUGCUCUGACAAUGCCCAGGAUCUGGAUGAUGCCAUGUGUCAGAAUGCGUCUGAGUGAGGCGCUACUCCAUAGAACAGGGGCUUUGAGCUUCCCCAAAGGGCUUCCUGGCAUCGAUGCCUGGACUUCUCGAAUCAAUGUGCCCGUGUCACUGUACAACAUUGGUAGUGCGGAUAAAUCUUCCAGGCCAGAAUCGCGGCCCCGAUUGCAAAUCGUCUGUCGCGAACACACUCCAAUACUAGGAGUUCGCACCAGCAAGAGCUGGACCAAAGGGACCAACAAGAUUGACAUCCAUCUACCAACCUAUGCUAUGACAGACUUCCAGCUCAGAGGGGCAGCUAAGAAGAUGGAUGAGCUGAUAGACAGACACUAUGAAACUCUUGUAGCCGAGCUCAAGAUCGAUCAAGACGAGAUCGUCGUUGGCACUUUGUCAGAAGCAAUACGACAAGCAGACAAAUGCCCAACGCUUAAGAAUGCUCUCAAGAUUUCCGUCAUGUCUCGCCUUGCUUCGAAAAGCUUCAACAUAUAUGGCCCCAAAACGCUGGGAAUACAGCGGGAGCAGGACCCUGACUGCCCCUACUACGACCGCAUCCCAAUCCCACCACUUUUAGACGCUCAAAUUGACUCUUUGUGGAUGGCUAGAAUGGCUGACAUCAGGAGAAAGGUCUUGACGAAGCUGAGAGCGAUGAUUGCACGGCGAGGUCGGGAGGACUGGCUCAACAUCUUCUUGACCAUACUGGUUCUUCUUUUCAACCUUGAGUUCAUCUAUCACAACCAACUCGAGCAGACCAAGCAUUAUCAAGAGAGAACCCACCGUCAACAAAGCAUGCUAGAGUCUUGGGAGUAUUCCGCUAAAAAUUUGAUGGCGCACUUCCACACUAUAUGCCAUGGGAAUUUACCUCUCAAGGUGGACUGGAAUGAAGAGGUUCGGAAUGCGGCAAUGGUGGACGACAAAAGUCUAGCCUUCCUGACCCAACUGAAGGAUCUGGUGGUGUCACGGGACGAGGAGCUCAACACACUAGCCAAAGGUGCCCCAGGCGAACCGUUGGUCUGGAUAUCGGCGCUAUUUCUGCCCCCCAAGGGGGACUCUCACGAUUCUUCAGAAUACUAUCCUUCAAUCAAAUCUAGUGCAUGGUUGAAAUCCGCUGCCGCACAUCAAUGCUUGAAACCCUCUAUCACCGAUGCCGCUAAUCUGGAGCAAGAAGUCUCGCUCAAGAGGCUUCAGACACUCACCAGACAGGCUCCAUACGUGUGGCAUCUAUCACCGGAAGAGAUAGAAAAUGUCGAGGAGAGUGUGAGAUCCUUUUCUGAUUCGGGGUUGCCACUCAACGCAAUCAACUCCAGAAGUUUCCCUUUGACGCAGGGUCUGAGAUCCAAAUUGAAAGACGUUCUCAAUAGCGUCUAUGGCGCACAGCAGUUCCUGGUCAUCUCCGGACUGAGGUCUUCUCGCCACAACGACAUUGAGAACGUGAUCAUCCACACUGGUCUUUCGAGCCAUGUCGGUAGCAAGCGAGGCAUGGCUGGUCGAGAAGGCGGAGAUAACACAGUUCUGCAGCAUAUCACAUCCAUGCCAGCUGAAGAAAAUGGCAAGGCGGGCCAAUACCAUGGACCGCCCAAUCAAAACCGAGAUAUUCCUUUUCAUACAGACAACGGAGACAUCGUGUCCCUCUUCACCGUUUCGCGGAGCGAGACUGGCGGUAGCCUCUAUCUAGCGGACUCGAACGCUGUGUACCAGGAGCUCGCAUCGCUCAGACCAGAGCUCGCGCACGCUCUUUGCAGCAAUUGGACCAUGGUCAGCCCUUCGCCCGCCAAGGCCUUCGAUACCCGCCCUAUCGCCUUCCCCAAUCAUUUCCCCGGCGGCGUCCUGAUCAACUUCUCCCGCGCCCGCAUCACAGGAACCCCGUCUGCUCCGCGACCGCCGUCCCUCCCUCCUCUCACCUCGACUCAGCGUCUCGCGCUCGACGCCUUGCACGCUCUCGCUGCGAAACUUGCAGUCGAGAUCCAGUUGCAGCCCGGAGAUAUGGUCUUCUUCAACAACCUGACCAUGAUGCAUGCAAGAGACGCGUUCGUGGACAAUGAGGCCGCGGGGCUGAAGCGGCAUCUCCUGCGCUUGCUAUUAAGGGAUGAGGAGGCGGCAUACGAAUUGCCGCAGCAAUUGAGAGAGACGUGGAGAGCGCUGUACGAGCAUAAAGUUGGAGAGGAGGUGUUUCCGGUGGAGGAGGAGUUGUUCACCUUCGCUUGCUCACACUGA